CUCGGUUGAUCAGCGGAAGCCCCGAAACGGAUUUUUUUUCUGCUUGAAAAAAAAAAAAGUGUAGUAAUAGAGGAGGACCUGUACAAACAAAAAAAAAUAUAGCCAUGGGUAUCUUGGAGAAAAUCACAGACAUUGAGAACGAAAUCAAACGUACUCAAAAGAACAAAGCUACGGAAUACCAUCUUGGUCUCUUGAAGGCCAAAUUGGCCAAAUACCGUGUUCAGCUCAUUGAAGGAUCGAAAACGAAAUCAGAAAAGGGAGAAGGUUUCGAUGUCAUGAAAUCGGGUGAUGCACGUGUGGUCAUGAUUGGUUUCCCGUCCGUAGGCAAGUCGACGUUGCUGUCCAAGUUGACGCCAACCGAGUCAGUAGCAGCAGCAUACGAGUUUACAACGCUGACUUGCGUUCCUGGCAAGUUUACCUAUAAAGGAGCCACUAUCCAACUUCUUGAUUUACCCGGUAUUAUUGAGGGAGCUUCUCAGGGCAAGGGUCGUGGUCGUCAAGUCAUUGCAGUGGCAAGGACGGCUGAUAUUGUCUUAAUGAUGCUGGAUGCUACAAAGUCAGCAAAGCAACGCGAGUUACUGGAAGCCGAAUUGGAGGCAGUAGGCAUCCGAUUAAACCAAAGUUUCCCGAACGUAUCAUUCAAAAUAAAAAAAGCAGGAGGCAUUAGUUUCAACGCGACACUCAAGCUGCAUUACCUCGACGCUAAAAUGGUGCAUAAUAUCCUACAUGACUACAAAAUCUUCAAUGCGGAUAUUGUUAUCCGUGAAGACAUCAACGUAGAUCAGUUUAUCGAUGUCAUCUUGGGUAACCGACGCUACCUCAAAUGUGUUUACUGCUACAACAAGAUUGAUCAGAUCACCAUGGAAGAACUGGACAGACUAGCACAUCAGCCCAAUACUGCCGUUGUAUCAUGCGAGCAAGACCUCAACAUUGACUUUCUUGUGGACACCAUUUGGAAGCAGCUGAACCUGAUGCGAGUAUACACCAAGAGACGCGGCGAAUACCCAGACUUUGAAGAUGGAUUGAUUGUGCGCAAUGGAGCUACUGUCGAGCACGUUUGUCAUGCUAUCCAUCGAUCCCUUGCCGACAGUUUCCGCUAUGCGCUGGUUUGGGGCACAUCUACAAAGCACAACCCACAACGUGUCGGCAUCAAUCACCAGGUGCAUGACGAGGAUGUCAUUCAAGUGGUGAAGAAAUAAUAGAGAGUGUGUGUGUGCGACCAAAAGAAAUACGAUAAUAGUAAUAAUACUCUUACAAUCUACUUGCCUGACCCUGACCCGGACUGAAGUGUUCUACAGACCAUGAGUUUUUCCACAGGGGGGGUGGAUUAAACAAAGCUGUAAUAGCAAUCAUGAUGAUGACAUUAAAUGAUUUCUUUUG